AUGGACCUCUCCAGUCUCCGAGUCAAAGAGCUCACGGAAAUCUGCCGCACUUUUGGUAUCCGCACGAGCGGGCGUAAGGCAGAGUUAGUGGAGCGGAUCAAGGCCAAUGCAACGUACCAGUCUGAUGUGGCAACGAUGGACAUGACGGAGCAUUCCAAUACCCAUCAGAGCGGUCCCAAGUGCAGCACAAAAAGGAGCUUGGGCACGAAUGUUGUCGAGAGGGACAGCGCGGACAAGAAGCAAAAGCUUGAGAAGCAGGACACUGCUGCGAUUGAUGCAGUGUUUGCGUGCUUUUUAGAUCCGCCGGCAGAAGAGGCGGCAAUCACAGACGACGGGAUCUUGGCAUUGUGUGAUGCAUUGGGUGUCGACGCCCAGGACCCCGUGAUGCUGGCAUUGAGCUGUGCGAUGGAGGCCGAGACCAUGGGCAUUUACACACGCACAGAGUUUCGGCGUGGAAUGCACAAGUUACAGUGUCGUUCGAUUGAAGAUCUACGUGGUAAGCUAUCAAGUCUGCGUAGCCAGAUGCAAGAUCGAGCCCACUUUGCUACUAUUUAUUCGUUCACAUAUGGCUUCUCGAAGGAUCCCACUCAGAAGAGUUUAGCCCUGGAGCUGGCUCUUGGCCUUUGGGAGUUGCUCCUUCCUGGACAUUUCCGCUGGCACCGCCAUUGGAUACAGUAUGCCCGCAAAAACUCCCGCAGUGUCGUAUCGAAGGACUUGUGGCUUCAGGUGCUGGACUUUGGCCUUCAGAUUGAACCGGACUUGAGCAACUAUGACGAAAACGGCGCAUGGCCUGUGCUGCUCGACGAGUUUGCAGCAUACAUGCUGGAACUCAUUUCCAGCAAGGGGCUUGCAGCCGUGCAGCAGAAAGAGCGUACCAUGGUCGCGGAAAGUGGUAAGACGGACAGCGCCGAGUACAUGCUCGUAGACGACUAG